AUGUCCACUUUCAAUCUUAACCUGCUUGACUCUUAUCGUUCUCCCAAGCCCAAGCCUGAGGCUCCUGUCGGUGAUGCAGCGCCCAAGGAGGGUUCAGUGUGUGGUAGUCCUGCAGCUGAGCCUGAAUCAGAUAACACUUGUGUUACCUGGACAUGGGCCACAGUGGUUAAGUUGCUUGACACAUCCAAAAUGACGUGUCCAGACCUUAAGCAGGAGCUGCUUGAGGACAUAGAGACAUGGUUGCAUGAGUGGGAUGUGCUAGAGACUAAUAUUCCCCAAAAAAUGGUGAAGGACUGGAAGGUUGCUGCGGAGAAGUUGAUGGAGGAGUCUUGCAUUGCACGUGAGGUGGGGAAGAAGGGGAAGGGCAAGAAGAAGGAGACUGAUGCAAAUAUGGACAUGGAGAAGCUGAAAUUGGGGGGAUGCAUGUCCGCCAAGAAGACUAACAACCUGAAGUGUGAGUGCUGCACUUUGCGCAAGAUUUCAUGCAUGGAGGGUUGUACCUCACAUUAUGUGCCAUGCAACAAGUUGCAUAUUGUGUGCUCUUUUGCUGCUAAGUGUAAGGCCGCUGGUACUGCAGGUCCCACUUGCAAGGUGGCUUGCAUAGCUGGCGGUUGCGCAGCUACAGGUCUGACUUCAGUGGACAAUGCCAAACCUACAGUCAAGUCUGAGGUCGAGGUUGAGGAAAUCGCCCCCCUGGCUCCAGAGCAACCUGCUCACCCUAAGAUUCACCUGCCUGUUUGUCCGGUUGCAGGAGGGUCUCAGGUGGAUGAUAAAGGGGAGCUUGUUCAACUUCAUGCUGAGGGUGCACAUCUGACUGAGGAGAACACUCACCUGUGCGCUUCGCAGGAAGAGUAUGCGCAGUUUGUCCAGAACACGCAUCAGCAAGCUCAAGCACAGCAAAUCAAAUUUGUUGCAAUGAGCAACAAGCUCUACACAUGGGCAGAUGACUGGAGGGACAUGGGGUGGGAGAUGGAGGACUUUGUCAUCCUGUUACAAGAACAUCUUGAUGCUUGGGCCCCUACCAUUUUUCUCCUCAUCCUACUCGUAUCAGCCCUCGCAUCACACCCUUACCCCGACCUUACUCUUGUCAUACUGGUUAUCCUCGCAAUCCCCUUUGCCCUCUACCUGUCAUUGCAGCAAAGCCAGUACAUCUGGCCAGAUCCCUUUGCUGACGAAGCAUACCCAUGCUCCGUCCCACCACCUGACUGA